GAGAGAGAGAGAGAGAGAGAGAGAGAGAGAGAGAGAGAGAGAGAGAGAGAGAGAGAGAGUCGAAUCAAGGUGCUGUGUCAUGGAAAUGGCUGCGGACGUAGUGAUCGUUGGAGCCGGCAUAGCAGGACUUACCACUGCUCUAGGACUUCAUAGGCAAGGCAUUAGGAGCUUGGUCUUGGAAUCCCAUGAUUCUUUGAGGAUCACGGGUUUCGCGUUAGCAACAUGGACAAAUGCUUGGAAGGCCUUGGACGCGGUCGGGAUCGCAAAAUCGCUUCGUAGGCAGCACAGCAGGCUCCUUGGGGUGAUGACCACUUCCACAAUUUCGGGACUUUCUACAGGAGAGAGUCCAUACAGUGCCAUGGGAACACAGUUAAUUCAUUUAAGCUCGAAAUUAGCUGGUCAAUUAAUUAGAUACACCCCUUGUAUUUCAUGUGGAAAAAUGAACACAAUGCUUUCCCUUAUGUAAAUGGGUACAAUAUUGCAGGAGAGACCAUGAAGUUCGUUGUGUGCAGAGGAAGAUCUUGAUGGAAACUCUAGUGAAAGAACUUCCAAGUGGCACCAUAAAGUUUUCUUCCAAUUAGGUUGUUUCGAUUGAGCAAUCAGGCAACCUUAAUCUUAUCCAUCUUUCUGAUGGUUCGAUUCUCAAGGCAAAGGUGUUGAUCGGGUGUGAUGGAGUGAACUCGGUAGUGGCAAAAUGGCUAGGCUUCAAGGCGCCUGCUUUCGUUGGCCGAUGUGGCGUCAGGGGCUUUGCAUAUUACAAGAAUGGUCAUGGUUUCGAGCCCAAACUUUUCCAGUUAAUUGGCGAAGGAUUUAGAUCUGGCUUUGUCGCCUGCGAUGAUAAGAUUAUGUAUUGGUUCGCCACCUUUUCUACUUCCAUGUCCAGUCAGGAGAUGGAAGAGAAUCCGGCUAAGCUGAAGCAAUUCGUGCUGAGCAAGCUCGGAAAAGUUGCUGACAACUUUAAAGCCGUUAUACGCGACACAGAAUUGGAAAACUUGGCAUUAGCUCCACUCAGAUUCAGACACCCAUGGGACAUUUUAUGGGGGCGCAUUAGCAAAAGCAACGUUUGUGUAGCUGGGGAUGCAUUCCACCCCAUGACACCAGAUAUUGGCCAAGGAGGCUGUUCGGCUCUAGAAGAUGGGGUCAUCUUAGCAAGAUGCCUCGGUGAAGCCUUGAGGGACAAGCAAGGCAUUAGAAGUGAAGAGGACGAGAGGAUUGAGAUGGGUCUGCAGAAUUAUGCCAAAGAGAGAAGAUGGAGAGCAUUUGAGCUCAUAAGUACAGCCUACAUGGUGGGAUACAUCCAAACAAGCAAUGGCAAGAUAUUGAGCUUCCUAAGGAGUAAAGUACUGGGCGGGUUCUUCGCCAGCCAGCAGCUGAGAAUAGCGAGCUUCGAUUGCGGGAAGCUGACCACCUCUUGAGUUCAGAGCUUACUCCUAUGCUUUGUUGUGGCCUUUUCAUGUUACACAGUGAUGUCUCAACUUAGUUUUUAUAUGUUGACAUAAAAAAAAUAAUACGUGUGAAAUCUUUUUAAUAUGGAAGACAAAUAAACAUAUUUUUUAUUUUGUUUU